AUGGCGACAAAAUUUGAAAGCUGGAACGACCUGAAGAAAGGCGCGACCCUCAGCGAUGUGGCAAGCAAAACUAUGAAAAAGGCGACAUUCGAAGACAACUUCAAGCGUGUCGCCACGCUGGUCACCCAUGCGAAAAAGUUUGAACAGGACGGUGACAAGGAGAACGCGUACGUGUUCUUCACCCGCGCAUGCGAGGUCGCCAACUUUGUGCGGACACAGGCGAGACCGGGGAGUACACCCGAGGCGAAGAGGAAGCAACUACACGAGUUUUUCAAAUUCGCCCUGGCAAAAUGCGAAGAACUUCAAGAAUUUUUGAGGGAAUUUUAUGUUCCUACGACGUCUCCAUCCACGAUAUCGAGCUUGACGAUUACAUACAGCGAGGGCGAAUUACUCCGAAAGAAUUGGAAAACUCGAAAUCGCGUCGUCAAAUACGACAAGCCACUACAUAUAGAGGUGGUCCAGGUUCCGGAGGAGAUCAUCGAGCCCGGCGUGAUCUAUGCGACGAUGUCUCAAAAAAUAGCGCCGCCAUCGGAACGCACGAAACUCAGCCAAAUCGCGCGCUACGAUUUGGUGGUUUUAAUGGAGGACGGAGAUCCGAAAAUGGAUGGCGGCGGCCAGUUGAUACAUGGUUCAAAGGCGCUGUUUUUACGAGAAGCUCUUUCCACGUACGGGUCGCUGAAAUUGAAAAAUCGCCCGCUAACGAUGGAUGGCGGCUUUGCGGCCUGGGAGCGGAAUUAUCGGGUUUACACCGAGGAAGCGAACAAGAAGGCAGAAGUUGACUCAUCAGCAUCCAUGGCCGCCUUGAUCAGUAGCAGAAGUCGCGAGGAGGAAGAGCCGUCCAGUGAGAGCCACAGCACCCUCAACUAUGCCUUCUCCCCGAGAGAAUUGAUUGGUGAAACCUCGACGAGCAGUGACGAUGAACGGAAGCGCAGUAGCUCGCGGCGCAACAGAGAUUAUGACGAACACAAUGACGUUUUGGCGCAAAUCCCGAGUACGCUCUCAAUUCUCGACGGAAUCAAGGCCAAAAUCCAAACCGAGCGACGCCAUGUCCCGCCGCCGCCGCCGCAACCAAAGCCGCAGACGCCACAAGUGCCUCCCCGCGAUUUGAAGCCCGAGUUCCCGCCGCAUCCGGUGUUUCCGGAACCCCCGGAACCGCCCACCCAGCAAAACCAUCGCAUCACCCCGACGAUCGACCGCAGCAAGAAGCCACCGCUGGAAAAUGGCUACACAAACGACGCCAAGCAGCUCCACAACGAUCCGCCGCGCGAGACAAGAUCUAGCAUUCCCUCGCUGCCACAAGUUGACCGCACGACCAAGCCCAUCGACGCCCAGAUCACACAACAACAACAUGCCCGCAUCGCUGAUAGCUACCACAACAUGUACAAAGAGUUUUUGCGGACUGGCCACGGCAGAAAUGGGUCUAUGGGCAUCAUUGGCAUCUACAACAUGGGCAACACCUGCUUCGUCAACGCCACCCUCCAGUGCCUCAUCCAAACGACGCUACUGCGCAAUUUUUACUCGGGCAAGAAGUUCCUCAACUACGUCAUGCCCAAAAACAAGUUCAACUCGGGCGGCGUGAUGACGGCCGCCUUUGCCGCCCUGCUCGACGUCGCCUGGAGCGGCCAGCUGCAGGCCAUUCGCAUUGAAUUGUUUAUGAGGGCAUUCGGCGAAUUCAACGAGUACUUCAACGACGGCUGCCAGCACGACGCCCAGGAGUUUGAGAUCAGCCUGCUCGACUCGCUGCACGAGGACACCAACCAGGUCCAAAAACCGACCCCAAUGUCGACCGACUACCGCGGCGGCUCGCACAUUGUCGCCGACAGCGAGGACUACCGCAAACGGAUGCAAAAGUACUCGCACUCGCCGAUAUCCGACAUUUUUGAUACGAUCAAAGUCUCCGAGCUGCAGUGCACCCGCUGCCGCGCGACGUCGGCCACAUUCGAGAACUGGCGAAUGCUGUCGUUGGGGGUAGAAGAGACCAUCGAGCAGUGCAUGGACACCAAUUUUCGUGAAGAGAUACUCGAUGGGGACGACCGAUGGGAAUGCCCGAAAUGCAAGGCCAAGCAGCGCUCGACGCGGACCACCAAGAUCUGGACCUCGCCCCCGGUCCUCAUCAUCCACCUGGUACGCUUCUCGCAGAGCGGCGGCUCCUUUGUCAAGAACUCGGAUCCGGUGGUAUUCCCCGAACGACUCGACGUGAGCCCCUGGAUGCACGCGCAAAGCCGCGGGGGCCAGCGCCGAUACUCGCUCUACGCUGUGACGAACCAUCGUGGCAGCCUAAACAGUGGCCACUACACGGCGGUGACCAAACAUCCCAGAGAAAAUUGGAUUAAAUUUGACGACGAGGGCUGCUCGAAGGUGGAUGGCGUCUCGGAUAUUGAUAAAUCGGCCGCCUUCGUCCUCUACUACAAGCAAGACCCCACGCCAACGCUACAU